CAGGACGGAGCGCUGGGUCUUGUCAUGACUUCCAAAGCGGAUGUGGACGUCCUGCCAAAAGAUGCAGAUGCUCCGUCUGAAAGCAACGGCGCAUUCACCACCAAGGACGGUUUGUCCCAGCGGCCGAGACACCAAAAUGCCACCGCUAUCCUUCUACCAGCCUCCGCUCAUACGCUGCCGAAGGUGGACGUGUCCCAAACCGCCGCCAAGGAAGUGACCCAGAUGGGCGGCACCUGCAGUAUCGUCCACGUUCUGGAGUGGAAAGAAGGCAUGGCGAUCCUACCCGGGAGCAACCUGAAGCUUUGCGUGAGCGACAGCGGGACUCUGGAGGUGAUCAGUCAGGGAAAGGUCAGCCCGGCUAACACGCUGACCGACGGGGCUGCAGCGAAAACUGUCGUCAGAGAGCAAAAACAGAUGUCCAAACCCGGACCAGAUCCACCAGCUCAACCACUGCCAGAUGUCCGCGCCGUAUCUGCGGAGAACGUUCGGCUCAUCAAGGUUCACCCGGAGCUGCAGGAGACCUCAGUCCUGCACAAGAGCAGUGAUCAGACAUCCAGACGUUCCUACAGUGAGGAGCUACGCCGAGAUCCAGGACCCUACAAUUUCCCAGGUACAGAUCGGCCUCUGGACCCGGCGGAGCUCUCUCCUGAUAGAGAAACGCUGAAGCCGAUGAAGAAGAGGAGGAGGAAGGAUUAUUUAAGCCCCUCUGAGGAAGAUUCGGAGCCUGAGGCUGCGGAGGAGAAACCCCUGAACACCGAGGAGGAGCUGAGGAACACAGGUACGACCGAGGUUAAAACCGAGUCGUGGUCAUGGUCGCAGUACCUGGAGGAGCAGAAGGCCAUCUCGGCUCCAGCUAAACUCUUUCAGCAGUCACAGAGAGUUCCUGAACACCCGAACCACUUCAGCCAGGGCAUGAAGCUAGAGGGCAUCGACCCACAGCACCCCUCCAUGUACUUCGUCCUGACCGUGGCUGAGGUCUGUGGGUUCAGGCUGCGUCUCCAUUUCGACAGCUACUCGGAGUGUCACGAUUUCUGGGUCAACGCCAGCAGCCCCGAUAUUCAUCCGGCCGGGUGGUGCGAGCGCACUGGGCACAAACUACACACUCCGAAAGGGUGUAAGGAGGAGGAGUUCUCCUGGUCCGGCUACUUAAAGCUCACCAAAGCACAAGCAGCACCAAGUGACCUGUUCUCCAACCCAGACCCAUCGGACGAGGAGCACGGCUUCGAGGUGGGCCUGAAGCUGGAGGCGGUGGACCGCAUGAACCCGUCUCUCAUCUGCGUGGCCACGGUGACGGACGUGGUGGGCAGGCGCUUCCUGGUGCACUUCGACAACUGGGACGACACGUACGAUUACUGGUGUGAUGCUAGAAGUCCGUACAUUCACCCCAUUGGUUGGUGCAAAGAGAAAAGCCUCCCACUCACCCCUCCACAAGACUAUCCCGAUCUGGGCCGGUUUUCCUGGGAGCGCUACCUGGAUGAGACCGGAUCGACGGCGGUGCCUGCAGAGGCCUUCAAAACGCGUCCUCCUCACGGCUUCCAGGAGAACAUGAAGCUGGAGGCGGUGGAUAAGAGGAGUCCGGCGCUCGUCCGUGUGGCCACUGUGCAGGAAGUGGACGUUCACAGGAUCAAGAUCCAUUUCAACGGCUGGAGUCACAUGUACGACGAGUGGGUGGACGCGGAUCAUCCUGACAUUUACCCGGCCGGGUGGUGCGAGGGCACGGGUCACCCUUUAACCCCCCCACCCUCCUCCUCCCUCAGCGACGUUCUACAGUUCGGUCCUGGGGAGAACAUGAUCGCAGCUCAGCCAAGUUUCACCCCGGCACCUUGUAAAAGCAGCCCGAACCCCCGCAGCACCUCCAAGUACAGCUUCCACAACAGGAAGUGUCCCACUCCUGGAUGUGAUGGCUCGGGUCAUGUGACCGGACGCUUCACAGCCCAUCACUGUAUAUCUGGCUGCCCGCUGGCCGAGAGGAAUCAGGGUCGGGUCAAGGUGGACCUGUCGGACACUGAGGGACCCAAACGGAACCACUUCGUGUUCGGACCGAGGGCUAAAAAAUCACGUUACCACGGCAGGAUCGGUCGUCCUCCAAAAUACAGAAAAACCCAACAGAGAACAUACCAAAGCCUGUCUACAGACAGCGUGUAUCCGUCACUGUUCAUGUCGGCGCUGACGGCCAGUUCAGAUCGAACCCUGUCGCUCUGCUGGGAGCAGCACUGCAAACUCCUGCCCGGCAUCGCCGGGAUCCACGCCGGUCAAGUAGCUACGUGGAGCAUCGACGAGGUCUUUGGUUUCGUGCAGAAUCUCACAGGCUGUGAAGAGCAAGCGCAGCUUUUUAAAGACGAAAUGAUCGACGGAGAAGCUUUCCUCCUCCUCACUCAGAGCGACAUGGUGAAGAUCAUGAGUAUAAAGCUGGGACCGGCGCUCAAGAUCUACAACUCCAUCCUCAUGUUCAAGAGCACCGACGAGGGACUGUGAGGACCCGUGUGAGACGUACCCAUCUCCCCAUCCUGUGUUCGGUGUUGACUGCUGUCCUCACCACAGAGAGAGAGAAAUCGUUCACUACUGUUCACUACUGCUGACAUCUGGGGAUCCAGGGUUCGAAUCUCAGCGGUGCUAUCAGCCAAUCAGUUGCCUCGCCCUCAGACAGACGCCCGACCGGCUGAUAGCACCGCUGAUUAUUCGAACCCUGGAUCCCAGCAACAGUGUCGAACAAAACGAAACCUUCAUGGUCAGUAGCUCAGUGGUUAAAACACUGGACUGGUGAUCAGAAGGUUGUUGGUUCCAGCCCUCCCACCACCACCAAAUUCACUCUUGGGCCCCUGAGCAAGGUCCCGAAAUUGAACUAGCUCUUAUUUAUGUGUCCAGUCUUUUAACUGGUCGUGUACAUCCAACUUACGUUCCCAGUUUCACUUCACCAGCUGUACUGGUGGUGCAGGACCAGUGUUCAUCCAACACGACCAGCAGAGCCACCCAGAACAGAAAAGGAACACGGAGGAACACCGAGGAACACCGAGGAACUCAGAGGAACACGAAGGAACUCAGAGGAUCACAGAGGAACUCAGAGGAACACAGAGGAACACAGAGGAACACAGAGGAACAAGAAGGAACACAGAGGAACACAGAGGAACACAGAGGAACAAGAAGGAACACAGAGGAACAAGAAGGAACACAGAGGAGCACAGAGGAACACAGAGGAACAAGAAGGAACACAGAGGAACACAGAGGAGCACAGAGGAACAAGAAGGAACACAGAGGAACAGGGGGAACACAAAGGAACUCAGAGGAACAAGAAGGAACACAGAGGAACAGGGGGAACAAGAAGGAACACAGAGGAACAAGAAGGAACACAGAGGAACAGGGGGAACAAGAAGGAACACAGAGGAACAGGGGGAACAAGAACGAACACAGAGAAACACAGAGGAACAUGAAGGAACACAGAGGAACAAGAGGAACUCAGAGGAACAAGAAGGAAAACAGAGGACCAUAAAGGAACACAAAGGAACUCAGAGGAACUCAGAGGAACAUGAAGGAACUCAGAGGAACUCAGAGGAACAUGAAGGAACUCAGAGGAACAUGAAGGAACACAGAGGAACACGGAAGAACAUGAAGGAAGGAACACGGAGGAACAUGAAGGAACACGGAGGAACACCGAGGAACUCAGAGGAACAUAAAGGAACACAAGGAACACAGAGUCAGCCGUGUGACGGAGAGUCUGUAACCCUGUAGUUAGUAUGUAGUGUUGUAGUUUUAGCACUUUUGUAUCUGUGAAGAUGUUUUACAUGACAGUGAGACGAGCGCUCAUUAAAAUGAGUGACUCCGGUGCUACCACGUCUUGAUACGGACGCCCGACCACGGGCACGCCACUGGGACGCCCCGUUUCUGAGAAGCUUCUCACCUAAGAGGACUUUGAAGUGUGUCUGCGUGUGGGAAUUUGUGCCCUUUCGGUCAAAAGAUGACAGCGUUUCUGUGGCUGGGCGCUGAUGCUGGUUUAGUUGUUCUGGUUCAUUCUGCGCAGGAAUAUUAUAUAGAAUAUAAUAAACCUUCCCAGAAGAGCGGGGACUGUUAUAGAUUCAAGAAGGAGUGGGGGAAGGACCUUCAUACUGGUGCUCGUGGUUUUUAAAUGGUACACCCAACAAGCUCACAGUACCUUGACCUCUGAGCUACCAGUGACCAAAAGUAUUUGGACGCCUGACCACGGGUUGCUAGAUAUGCUAUUAAAACAAAGCUUUAGGGAAGGUCCUUUCAUAUAAUGACUCACAUAAAUUCAGUAAUCAGACGGGGCGUCCGGAUACUUUUGUCCAUGCAGCGUGUUAAUUAUGCACUUUAUAUGAUCUGCCACUGAGUGGUGCAAACGCACAUCCUGAGCCAAGCGAGUCCGCCGCCUUCAGACGCUUCCCAGAAUCCCUUUCCUUUUCUGUCUGAUACUGAAUGUCGCCCGGACUGUUUAUCUGUCGUGAUGUGAAAGCGCGUCUGACGCGUCAUGUCGAUCUGUGAGCGUUUCUCUGUCCGGCGGGAAAACGAAAACGUCCUGAUGAUCAUGUACAAAAUAAAUAAAUAAAUAAAAUAAUAAAACUUGAAA